AUGUGUGUUCGCGUGACCGCGCUCGGAUCGCGUCUGGUUUUGGGAGGUGGGGCGCAUCCAAUGGUGCAGCCCGCUAUCGGUGCACAGUGGGCCUUUUGUGUGUCUGAACACAGAUUAAACCAACUAAUAUCAUUAACUCCAAAUCAAUGUGGCUUUGUAACUGAAAAAGGAACGUCGGAUGCUAUACAAACUAUACGCAUAUUACUUGAAAAGACAAAAACCAACAAAAAGAACUUACACAUGGUCUUCAUUGAUUUGGAAAAAGCCUUCGACCAUGUCCCUCGUGACCUUAUCUGGGAGGCUCUUCGAAGUCAGCUGGUGCCGGAAAGCUACAUCUCGUUAAUAAAAGAUAUGUACACCGAUUUGAAGACGCAAGUUGUGAGCCCAGCAGGUAAAAGUGAUAGUUUCUCCAUAACAGCCGGCGUCCACCAAGGCUCUACACUCAGCCCGUUGCUUUUCAAUGUAACAAUUGACUACCUCACGAAAAGUUGCCAAAAACCCGUACCUUGGAACAUCCUUAACGCGGACGAUGUUGCACUCAUCUCAGAGGACAUAGACGACCUCCAACACACAUUUAACACCUGGAUAGAUGCACUUGAAAAAAUGGGCUCAAGAUUAGCAGAAAGAAAACUGAGCAUAUGUCGUAAAUGCGCAUGUUGCGUUGGUCGGGCGGGAGGAGUCACACUGUUGGAUAAAAUCCGCAACGACAACGAGGAAGUUUUAAAGUCGCACCUAUAUCCGAGAAACUUAAAGAAAAUCGUCUCCGGUGGUACGGGCAUAUCCUACGUCGCCCAGAAGAUCAUAUGGUCAAGUUAG